CGAUAAUAUACGUACAUACAUUACCUACCGACAUAUUAUCAUAUCUCACAGCUUUCCCCCUUUUACCCCACUAUCAGCCACUCUGAACAUGCGCGAUCUUAAGAGCACUCAAGGGCCCAACUCUUGAGUCUUAAUACCGCCAUGCUUGAGGAGCUUGAGAAUAUCAUUCCUAUCUACCUCUUUGUUUAUAUCAGUCUUAAUCAUGGAUUUUACGAUAUUAACUUUGAUGCACGCUCUAGAAAAUGAACCAGCUCCGCCUGGAGGCUGACGAGUCAUCUGCCAAAGUUGAAGAGUUGCAGGCUAAGCUCAAGGCUCUUGAACAGGAAAACCUGGCUAAGGAGCAAGAGAUCACCUCCCUCUCCCACAAGAAUGGCCUCCUGGAAGGCGAGAACGAGAAGAUGGACACUACGAUCAAGGAUCUGAAGAAGGCUGCCGAUGAGGGCUUGCAACAUGGUACGCACAACGAAACCCUUCAACGAAGACUCCAACUGCUUGAGGAAGAAGCAGAGGAAGCCGACAAGACACUCCGUGAGACAAAUGAAAAGCUUCGCCAAACUGACGUGAAAGCCGGUCACUUCGAGCGCAAGGUACAGGCGUUGGAGGCCGAGCGGGACCAGUGGGAGACCAAGUACGAGGAGAUGUCGAAGAAAUACCAGGGCCUCCAGAAGGAAUUCGAGGACCUCCAAAAUGAGAUGGCCAACAUCUAAACUCGGUAUUACCACUUAGGGAUUUCGUUCAUACCAACACCGGCACCAUGUCAACUUACACGAAGGGGGCUUAUUUAGAUCGAUCCAUCCAUCAACUAACCAAC